GAAACAUAUGCUAGUAACGCAAAAAGUGUUUAUUGUUUCAUAAAUAGUAGCACAUACAAAUAUUUCGUUUUGCACCAAAAGUUGUGGAGUAGCUGAAUUGUUUGGAAAAAUGGAUACAAUUGCAAAUGAGGAUCCAUUUUCUAUUGCCCAAAGCAAGAAAAUAGAUCCGAUCGACAAUGAAGAUCCAUUUUCCACGGCACACAUGCCCACAGAUUCUUUUGAAGUAACCAUAGAAGAUAUCAAUCGCUUAGAUGAAGAUGAUUCAUUGGACGAAAUUGAUGGAGUUGAAGAUGACUUGACCAUAUUGGAAAUCGCCAUGGCGAAAGCUAUUGAAAAUGUAAAUCCUGCUAUCUUCAUGCAUCUAAUAUGUCCACGUUGUGGCGAAACAUUUCAUUCAUCUGCUCAUUGGCAGCAACACUUGCAUAAUGUGCACUAUUUCAAUAAUUUAAAAAUGUUACCUGGCACUGUAAAUGAAGACGAGCAAACUUAUCGCUGCCGAAAGUGUCCGACAGAGUUUAAUUAUCUUGAGUACCGUAAAAUUCUACAUCACAGCCUUACUCAUAUGUCUUUUAAUGCUUUCUAUAAAUGCAGUUUAUGUGACCAUUUGGAGUAUACGAACAUGGAAAUGGUUAAACAUAUCAAAAGACAUAUGGAAGUACAUAUGCUGAAAGCAAAAAUUAAUGGCAAACUAGUAAGGAGCAAACGAUUUUCUUUAAGUGAAGGCAUUGAUUAUGAAAAAUUUCUGGUUUAUAUGUGUCCGCAAUGCCAGAUAAAUUUUAGAAAACACGAAACUUGGUUGCAACAUAUUAACGACAAGCAUGCGCUCUUUGCCGAAGAAAAACUGAAAUUUAAAGCUAUAGAAAUGGACGAGUUGGUCGAAAAGAGCACGCAUCUUAUCACCACUUGCGAAACAUGUGGCAUCAUGCUAACAGCCGACAACUUGGAACAGUGUCAGCGCAAGCAUUAUCUAACGCACCUACGAAAUAGAUCUUUCCGUUGUGCAAUAUGCAAUUUGCAAUUCAAUUACAACAAUGAGAUUAAGAUGCAUAUGUUGUUAAUGCACUGCAAAAAUGCAACCACUUACGACGAAGCCAUAUUGCCCGGCAAUUUGCGUCCCAGAAACGCAAAAUUUGACAUGAAUAUUAAGUUUUUGCCCGAUAAAACGGCAAAAUACCUACAGCACAUAGAAUUUAGUUGUCCAAUUUGUGGCGUUAAGUUUGAACAUCCCGAUAAUUGGUGUUCCCAUAUUAAUGAGAAUCAUGAUUUCUUUAAAGCACCUUAUAUGGCAUUGAUUAUAACCAAUUUCGGUGCGGCACCUAGCGCAACCAGGGCCUGCAAGAAGAGGCGCCUACAACCAUAUUGUGUUAUUUGUGAUCGGGUGUUAGAUGGCUGCAAAAGCUAUAUACAUUUAUGGGUUGAACAAUUACGCCAUGCUCCGUUUAGAUCAUACAAGUGCAGCAUUUGCAUGGAACAAUUUUUUUCAAUACGCACAUUGAUGAAACAUUUUCGAAUAUUGCAUACUAAUUUAGAUGGUAGUGUUAACACAGCGCCAAAGCAGCGCAGAAUUCAUACUAUGGAAACAUAAUUAAGUGAAAAAUAAAAUGUAAUUUAUGUAAACAGCUAAAA